GUAUCCAUCCUCUUCGCACUACGUACCUUUUUAAUCCACCUUACACUUCCGACCCUCCAACCAUUUUUCUUUCCGAACUACUGCACCCAUGCGCAACGGAAUAUUUCGUGCAUCUUAGAGUACCAGCAAUUAGUCUGAGAAUCUAGAGGCCAAUUGUGCAUACUGGUGCAUACGUAUUCAGUUCACUUUUCAACCCAUUUAUUGACCGCUUCUCAUCGCUUCUCACCGCAUCAUAGAAUUCCAUCAUCAGCAUGGAGCCACAGUCAAAAGGUCACACCAACCUUUUCCAAGUGUACCUACGACUACGUCCUCAUCACGCUGGAAGUACCAGUGCCGAACCAUUUCUUUUGGUCGAGGAGCCUAGAGAAAACGACGCUCCAACACACAUCACUUUAAACCCUCCAAAUGAUCGAAGACGAGCAAUAGAGAAGUUCGCGUUCACGCGUGUCUUCGAAGAAGAUUCUACACAGCUUGACUUGUUCCAAGGAACACGAGUGCUUCCUUUAGUCGAAGGUGUAUUAGCCCCUCAUGGAGGCGACGGUACGGAUGGCCUAUUGGCAACCCUAGGAGUUACCGGCUCCGGCAAGUCACACACGAUACUCGGAUCUCGCAGCCAGCGAGGCUUAACUCAACUUGCUCUUGAUGUUCUAUUUCGAUCUAUAGACUCAAACAUUGCCAGUUGUGAUUCGUCCCCCAACCUAGAGGCUACCAUAAAGUCCUCGGAUCCCUCCGAAGCUGCUAUAUUCUCCGCCCCCGCAUUCCUCGAAAAUGCAUACGGCGACUUUAGUAGUUCCGUACGGUCAAGAGCUGGAACUCCUUUGAAUACCGAGUUCCUAUCGUCGACACCGAAACGCCAUCUACAGCGACCCUCCGCUCUUCCCCAGGCGCCCGAUAUUAGCACCGUUCGAGCUUCCUGCGAUCCGUCCGCCGAAUAUGCUGUCCUCAUUUCCAUGUACGAAGUUUACAACGACCGAAUUUUCGAUCUUCUUACGCCCCCUAUCAAAUCGAACGUUACAAAAGAGUCUCGACGACGACCGCUCCUGUUCAAGUCCACCGAACUUUCACCUGAUCGCAAAGUCGUAGCGGGGCUUCGAAAAGUCAUAUGUGGGACCCUUAAGGAGGCCCUGAUGGUUCUCGAAGCUGGACUCCACGAGAGGCGGGUGGCUGGGACGGGUAGCAAUAGCGUGUCAUCCAGAAGCCACGGGUUCUUCUGUGUGGAGGUCAAAAAGAGGCGACGUGGCCGUACUAACGCCCGUUGGGGUGCUAGCACCCUGAGUAUUGUUGACUUAGCUGGCAGUGAACGUGCGCGAGAUGCAAAGACCCAAGGCGCGACCCUUGCCGAGGCGGGUAAGAUCAACGAAAGUCUCAUGUAUCUCGGCCAGUGUUUGCAGAUGCAGAGUGACGCGAGUAACGCGACAAAGCCGAAUCUGGUCCCCUUUCGCCAGUGCAAACUCACAGAAUUGCUUUUCUCCAACUCAUUUCCUUCAGCUUCGAUGGCGCAGUCUGCGAACAGCAGACGCGCACCGCAAAAGGCAGUCAUGAUUGUCACUGCUGACCCCCUGGGAGACUUCAACGCCACGUCUCAGAUCCUACGAUACAGCGCUCUAGCUCGCGAGGUGACGGUGCCUCGUGUACCUUCCAUCACAGCUACCAUCUUAGCUAAUGCCAACUCAUCGCAAUCCGGCCAGUCGGAAUCUAGCGUGGGCUCUCGUAGUGCCGCGAGCUCACCAGUGCUACCGCACCGGCCGUACUACCCACCCUCUAGCUCUCAUCCGAGGGUAUUCUCACCCACGCCCGAUCACGAGCGCGCGGCUAUGGAGAACGCUGCUAUGGAGAUUGCGAGAAUGGCCGAAAUCAUUGAUCAGCUGAACGCAGAGCUUGCCCGAGAGCAAGAAUCACGUAUAGCAGCUGAGGCGCACCUACUGUCGAUGGAGGACCGCAUGGCGGAUCUCGAGCAAGAUAUCCGCGAGGACUGCUACGAGGACUUUGAACAGCGACUGGCUUUGGAAAUGAACCGGUGGAAAGCCUCGUUGUCGAUCGAGCAAGAACGCGGCGAAGAGCACUGGGAUCGCAAGGUCGAGGUACUAGCGCGCGGCGUGGGCGCCGUUACCGUCACCACGUCAGAAAACGAUGGUGAUGCCGGUGAGGACGACGAUAAGGAAAACGUGCUCAUCGAAAACCUCGAGCAAGAGAACGAGCGUCUUCGACGCGAAGUGGCCAUCCUCAAGCGCGAGCUCUCCGGCCGCACGCCCAGCAAGCGCAACCCGCUUUCGGAGCGGGGCGAUGUGCCGAGCAUCAGAUCCUCCCCCAGCGUGGAUGGGCUUGGCGACGGCCUCAGCAGUCUGGGAAAUAGGAUGGAACAGCUGCGCGUCAGCAGCCACCACGACGGGGGGAAUACUAAUAAUAAGAAGUCCCUCAAGGUGUCGAGCAGCGGCAGCCCGACGAAAAAGGUGCGCAAGCUCCCCGCGAAGAAGUGGGAGGGCGUCGCGGCGGACAACAGUGAUUUGCUAUGAUAUGAAGGAAUGAGACCAACGAAAGAAAGAAAGAUGAUGAUAACCCUAGGAAUUGUAAUUGAGAGAAUGAUAUAAUGAGGUUGGGUUUGGAAGUGGCUGGUUGGACUGCCUGGACUGGUUGGUUGGCUGGCUGGCUGGUGGCUUGGAGAGAGUGCAACGAAAAUGAAGUAAGCAAAAAGAUCAAGAUGUGUUGCGGAUACCCCCUUUUAGUCGUUUUUAUUUUUAUUUUACUUUACACCCCCUUUUUCUUCUGCUUCUACUCGACAGGUCACCUACCUAUCGUGUUUACUACAUACCUAUAUAUUAAGGUUCUUUUUUUUUCUUUUACAUGAGGAUUUGGCGCCUGUGCUACUUGUGCUCUGCUGGUGAUUGCUUGCUUGCGAGGAUUGUAAUUGUAUGCCUAAUCGUGAUUUUCACUUUCUUUUUUGCCCCUAAUUUGGGAGAGGGGAGGUUUUGGUGGCGAGUUUAUGUGUAUUAUUAACAAGAAUGGGUAUUUUCAUACG